GAGACAGAGGAUGGUCUGGAUGAAGUGUUGGACAGAGUAGAAGAAAGACCACGAGGCCAGGCACGCGACGGCCGGACUUGCCCGAGGACGGCCGGACUCGCCCGAGUACCCCCGAUCCCGCGCUGGCCGCCUGGGAACGGGUACAAGGGGAAAGAAGAAGAAGGGCGAAACCGCCAAGCCACGUAGCCAUUGUCGCGCCGUUAUCAAGCGCCACGCACGCACUUAUCUCGAGCACCAUGUCGCUGACGCUGGUUGUUAUCGCCCUGUGCCUGUGGCACUGUCGUCAGGCGGCGGCGAGCGACACGAUGGCGGGCAGCGGGCAGGUGGUGCAAGACGCGUUCGGCUCCGUCGACUCGCGAUCUGUGGAUCGCUUCACGCUCAGAAACAAGAAUGGCAUGGAAGUUCAGGUCAUUUCCUACGGUGCGACGAUAACUUCAAUCAAGGCGGCGGACAAAAAUGGGAAAAUCGAAGACUUGGUGUUAGGGUUCGAUGACAUCGACGGAUACCUCAAGAGCAAUAACCCAUAUUUUGGAGCAACUAUAGGUCGUGUUGCAAACAGAAUUAACUCUGGAAAAUUCAAAAUUGGAGACAAAUCUUAUCAAAUCUCUCUUAAUAAGGGUAACUUCACAUUACAUGGAGGUUUUAAAGGAUUUGACAAGGUGAUUUGGGACUCGUAUGUUAAUGGAAACAAAGUGAUUUUCAGCUACGUCAGCUGUGACGGAGAAGAAGGUUACCCUGGAGCUGUCCUUUCUCAGGUCACUUACGAGUUGACUGACGACAAUGAGCUGAAAAUCACCAUGAACGCAUCCUCUACAAAACCCACACCCGUCAAUCUUUGCAACCAUUCUUACUUCAACCUCGGUGGACACGCAACUGGAGCUCAGAGUAUUUAUGAUCACUUGGCCAUGAUAAAUGCAGAUUACUACACAGUUACGGACAAAGAAAGCAUCCCAACAGGUGAAAUUGCUAGUGUUGCCGACACACCAUUCGAUUUGAGAAAAUCAACGCCACUGAAAACCGGUAUUCCCGCAGCUGACAAAUUUGCAGGAAAAGGUGGAUACGAUCAUAACUUAUGCAUCAACUCAGACGGCAAAGAUGGUCUUCAAUUUGUGGCAAGAGUGUUGCACCCAAACUCUGGACGUCAACUUGAAGUAUAUUCCAAUCAGCCUGGUGUACAGUUUUAUACAGGAAACAGUAUUAGUGAAAUAACAGGAAAAGGUGGCAAUGUGUACAAGAAGCAUGCUGCAUUCUGCUUGGAGACACAAGUCUAUCCCGAUGCGGUUAACCAUGCUAACUUUCCUAACAGUAUACUCUACCCUGGUGACGAUUAUCAUCACGAAGUCAUCUAUAAGUUUACAGUGAAAACUUAGGACAGAAUUGGCGAUGAAAAAGAAACCAAAGAAGACAUGAAUGGUUUGUUUUAAACGAUAUAAGCAUAUAUCUGAAAUUUUGUUCCAGUUUGUAUAGGGUUGGGUGAAAUAAGGUUGUGAAUAAAUAAAAUAUGAGAUGCUGGCAUUCA